AUCAAUUCAAAUUACCGCCAGUGGGAUGUAUGAAAUCCGUAUAAAUACCUAAAAUAAACUACACGUCGCUCAAAUUUCCUUACGGUUACCAUUCAAAAUGGCGUUGCAGUUGGUCAAAGUCUUUGUCAUCGGGGUUAUUGUUUCUGUUGCCCUUGGUUGCAGUUGGAUUCCAGAAGUAGACCAGGAGGAUUUCUGCUUUGCAAAAUAUGCAUUUAAAGCCAAAGUGAAGUCAGUAGAACAAGUUGAUGAAUACGCUGAUUAUACAUACACAAUUGACAUCCUAGAGGAUUACAAGAACACAAAUAAAGCGGUGGGUAAUAUUGACACAAUUACUGGAAACGGGCCAGGAAGGACCUGUGGACCACAAAAGCUUAAAAUCGGGGAGGCAUACUUAAUUUACGCUUAUGUCCGCCGCUACAAUAAAAAGCUCUAUAUUCUCAAGUACAGAAGCAUGGACUACGUUAAACCUAGCGAUAUUGAGAGAAUGAGAACAAAAUAUGACUGUAGUUGCAAGAUAGAAUGGUAUUACAGCAACCUUUCGUCAAGGGCGUCACUUGAACACCCCCCGCCUACUCGGGACGAGUGUAAUGUCUCCGGCAUAUACUGCAGAAAUAGCGCCUUCUGUCGGAGAAACGAGACGGGAGUCUGCACAUGGGGUAACCUAGGAGAAUGUGACUAAAUCAAGACGAUGUGUUUAUUUGUAAUCAUAAUUCAUUAUUAUGAAUAUCAAAUGUGUCCAAGCACUCAUUUAUUAUUUAUGGAAUCUUU